CCACAUUGCAUGCUAAAUCAACAACGUCUUGUCCAAGGUCUUCUAAAUACAUAUCGAUUGACUUAAAUACGGAUUCAUUAAUAUUAGGUUCUGGUCCAGGCUCUAAUAUAACAACGUUUGGUGGGUUUACUCGUCAUCCCGAUCCAACAAUAGUAAGAAUUUCAGCAUUAAUUUCUUCAACUUCAAAAUCUUUGUUAUGUCUAUUUAUUAAUUGUUUUACUAUUAUAUCAAAUUUUUCAUCCCAUUCUGAUAUAAAUGCCGAUUGA